AACAACCACCCUGUCCUCACUCCUCACCAUGGCUUCUCCCAAAGAUGACAAUCUAGUCUAUAACAUCCAGCUCUCCUCCGUAGGACCUGGCCACGUGACAGUACCUGAUGCCGUUCACCAUCUUAGGUCCAUGGACUUAGCCAUGAAGCUUCACUACAUAAAAGGGGUGUACUGGUUCAGCAGCCAGGCGGUGGGAGGGCUGAGCAUAAAGAACAUCAGUGAAGCUACAUUCUCGUGGUUUGAUGAGUACUACAUGACGUGCGGGCGGUUGACGAGGUCGGAGGGACGGCGGCCGUACAUAAAGUGCAACGACUGCGGCGCCAGGUUCGUGGAGGCGCAGUGCGACAAGACGGUGGAUGAAUGGCUGGGAAUGGAAGACUUCACCUCAUGUAAUGAUCUGCUUGUUUAUCAUAAGCCCAUCGGGCCCGAGUUAUCAUUCUCUCCCCUAAUUUUCUUGCAGGCAACCAUGUUCAAGUGUGGAGGGAUGUCACUGGGACUAAGCUGGCCUCACAUCUUAGGAGAUGCAUUUUCAGCUUCGGAAUUCAUAAACAGAUUGGGCCAUUACAUUGCUGGGCUUAGUCUUAAUGAGCCGCCCAAGCUUCCAAAAACACCCAGCAAAAGCAAAAAACGUGAUAACCCGGCCCAAUCUGUCAAACAACCCCUUUCCGUUAAGCGGGUGAACCCGGUUGGAGACCUCUGGGUAACUGAAACUAACUGCAAGAUGGAAACAAUUUCCCUCCACAUUUCUCCAGCACAACUAUCAAACUUACAGUCAAAGAUAUCCGGCGAGAAUCGGAACGAUUUUGAGUGUCUCUGCGCCAUUAUUUGGCAAUGCAUAGCCAAAUUCAGAGGAGAAUUUGAACCUCAGAUUGUAACAAUCUUCAAGAAAGGUCCCUCCAACCAGACUGGAGAUUGGGUUCCAAGGAACGCUCAAAUCAUAAGCACUGUUCAGGCGUAUUUUUCUGUGAAGGAAGCGGGUUUGACGAAGCUGGAAGUGCUGCUGGCGGAGCGGGGAAAGGAUGAGAUAAGCGAGAUUGAGGAGGUGGUAGAGAGGGAUAAUGGGGUGUCUGAUUUUGUUGCCUAUGGAGCACGACUGACAUUUGUGAACUUGGUAGAUGCAGAUAUGUACGGAUUUGAGUUGAAUGGAGAAAAGCCGAAGAUGGUCUAUUAUUCUCUCCAGGGUGUCGGAGAUGAAGGGGCGGUGGUGGUGCUUCCAGCGAGGCUGGAAGAUUCCAGUGGUGGCAAAGGAAGGAUUGUCACCGUGACUUUACCAAAGGAUGAGGUGCUGAAGCUCGAGUCUGAGGUCAUGACAUGUGGCCUAUUGCUUGAACGUGAACUGGAAUGAGUACAGAAGUUGGCAUAUUUUGAUUUAAAAGUAAAAAAGAA